AUGGCAUCUGUUAAAGAGCUGAUUGUGAAUACACUGAAUAGACUUGGAAAAGAUGAUCUGAAGAAGUUUCAGUGGUUCUUGAACAAUCGUAAACCGCAGGGUAUUCCAAAAGCUGAAAUAGAGAAUGCAGAUGUUUUAGACACAGUGGACAAGAUUGUGGAGCGUUUUGGACCAGAAGAAGCUGUGAAGAUCACAAUCAACAUCCUGAGGAAGAUGAAUCAGAACCUUCUGGCUGAGGAGUCAGAGAACAAAUACAAGGAAGAUUCAACUGCAGAAAGUCAACAUGAUCUCCAUGAUUACGGAAAGAUCAGUUUCAACCUGAAGAAGAAAUUACAACAGGACUACAGCCAGAUACUGGUUGGUAGUUCACAAACAGGUCAUCAGAAAUAUCUGAGUGAUAUUUACACUGAUCUAUAUAUGGUGAAGAAUGAGACUGGAGGAAUAGUGACUGAACACGAGGUGAGACAGAUUGAACUGAAUAUCCACCACAUUACUGAGAAGGACCCCACAGUCUUGAUUAAUGACCUGUUCAAAGUCCAGUAUGAUACUGGUCGAAGAAACCGGAAAGUGCUGACGAUGGGAAUCGCAGGGGUGGGAAAGACCAUCUCUGUUAAUAAAUUCAUUCUUGACUGGGCUGAAGGAAAAGAAAAUCAGGACAUACUCUUCAUAUUUCCUCUUCCAUUCCGUAGACUGAACAUGAAUACAAAAAAGGAGAGUCUCAUGGGACUGCUAAACAAAUGCUUCUUUAGUGGUCCUGAAGAACUGCCCUCUCUUCCUGAAGAUGACGGUAAGGUCAUGUUUAUCUUUGAUGGGCUGGAUGAAUGUCGCUUCUCAUUGAAGUUUAAAGAGGACUACACAUUAAAAGAUGUGCAUGAACAAGAAACAGUGAGUAAGAUAGUUACAAGCCUGAUUGCAAGAGAUCUGGUUCCUUCUUCUCUCAUCUGGAUCACAUCCAGACCAGCAGCAGCAUGUCAGAUACCACGAGAGUACAUUGAUCAGGUGACAGAGGUGCGAGGAUUCAACGAUGAGCAAAAAGAAAAAUACUUCCUCAAAAACUGCAGUCCUGAGCUUGCUGGAAGCAUCAUCCGUCACAUCAGGAAAUCCAGGAGUCUGUACAUAAUGUGCCACAUCCCCAUCUUCUGCUGGAUCUCUCUCACUGUUCUUCAGCCUCUGCUUGCUGGAGAGAGCAAUGACAAAACACUUACAACUCUCACAGAGAUGUACACAAGCUUCUUAUACUCUCAGCGGCGAGAGAUGAAAAGAAAAUACUGCGAUGAUCCUGGACCUAAGCCCAAACUCACGUCUUUUGAUAAGAUUGCUCUGAAGCUUGGGAAACUGGCGUUUAAACAGCUACAGAAAGGAAAUCUGAUUUUCUACGAAGAAGACAUUGAGGAGUGUGGACUAGAUGUCAGUGAAGGGUUGGUAUUCUCUGGGUUAUGUACUCAGAUCUUUCAGAUGGAAAAGGCUGUGCCAGAGAGAAACAUUUACAGCUUUGUACAUCUCAGUAUUCAAGAGUUUCUCGCUGCUCUUUAUGUGUUUUUCAAAUAUAAAUGCUAUGGAAGAAAUCCAUUUCUUCAAUCAUGGAGGGAAAAACUGACAUGGAAAGUCUCCAAAACGUCCUUAUUUGACCUUCAUAAAGCUGCAGUAAACAAAGCUUUACAAAGUAAAGAUGGACACCUGGAUCUUUUCCUCCGGUUCUUGCUGGGUCUCUCACUGGAGUCCAAUCAGAGUGACCUGAAGGAACUGCUGCCAAAACUGGAAAUAAAACCCAAGAAUGUCAAAGACAUUACUGACUAUAUCAAACAGACAAUAGAGACAGAGAAAUCAGUGGACAGGAUCAUCAAUCUCCUUCACUGCCUAAUUGAACUGAAAGACGACACUAUGGAGGACAUCCAGGAAUAUCUGAGCUCAGAAAAUAUUUCAGCACAGCAUCUCUCCUCUGCUCAGUGGUCGGCUCUGAUGUUUAUACGUCUGAUGUCAGAUGAGAAUUUUGAACUGCAGGAACACAGCAGAUCUGAAGAAGCACAGGGGUUGCCCGUGGCUGACGACAGCAGGAGAGCACUGUAA